GCAAAGAAGGUGAAAGACGGCGUCCUGUGAUUGGCUGCUGCUGCUGUCAGCUGGCCCAGCUCCACCAACGGCCUCCACCUUCAUGCAGGAUCUGCAAAGCUGAGGAUCUGCAGCCCUGAACCAGGAGCAGACUGCAAAGCAUCAUGGGUAACAGCGAUAGCGCGAUGGUGCAGAAGCGAAUGGCCCGUUUUCGGCCCGAGGAGCGGACCGUGAUUGACGGCGUUUUUGACAGACUGCAGGGCGGUUCUGGGACCAGCACCGGAGCAGAGAAGAGCGUGAAGCUGGAGGCGCUGCAGGCCUCCAUGGGGGACCUGGCGUCAGACUCCAUGGUGAGGAGGAUCUAUGGGUGCAUGUGCAGCAUCGACCCGGCCCAGGCGGCUCCGGCAGACCCCGGGUCGACCGAGACGACCGGCGCCGCCUCAGGAGUGGACCGGGAACGGCUGCUUGUGUUCCUGGCAGACACCCUGCGAGGGACCGCAGAGGAGCGGGCGCCACUCGUCGUGGUCAUGUCCCACAAUGCAGCGGGAGUGCCUGGCGUGGUGACCUGCGAGCAGGUGUCGGCGUUCCUGCAGGAGCUGAUCUGCGCUGUAGUGCAGAUCCUGACCAGCAGGGGGCGCCUGCGGGGCUGGGAGCCCGGCCAGAUGGGCGACACGGCGCUGGGGGUCCGACUCCUGGCAGAGCAGCUGUGCUCUGAGCUCAGAGCUUCAGAGCAAGGCACCUGUGACGUUUCCUGUGUGGAGGAAUGGAUCUUCAGGGUCCCCCAGGUGUCGCAGUACCUGGAGAUCCUGGUGGCCGAGGGCCUCAACGUGUCGCUGAAUUCGUGGACGGCGCCGACUCUGCUGCCUCCAUGCAAGGACACCCACUGGAAGGACCUGAAGUGUCUGCUGGACCUUCCCACCCUCAUGUUCCUGGCACCACAGUUACCAGACAGCUACAGCGCCCCCUGGAGGCUGGUGUUCUCCACACAUCUGCACGGGGAGAGCUUCACCAAGAUGGCGUCGGGUCUGAUGCACCAUGGUCCCACCGUGCUGCUCAUCAAGGACACGAAGGGUCACGUGUUUGGGGGCUUCGCAUCACAAGCCUGGGAGAUGAAGCCUCAGUUCCAGGGUGACUCCAGAUGCUUCCUGUUCUCUGUGUUCCCCACGCUGAGAGUCUACACAGCCACAGGAUACAACGAGCACUUCAUGUACCUCAACCAGCACCAGCAGACAAUGCCCAACGGACUGGGCAUGGGGGGCCAACAUGACUACUUCGGUUUGUGGCUCGACUGUGACUUCGGCCGAGGCCACAGCCGUGCACGGCCCAGGUGCACCACCUACGGCAGCCCUCAGCUCUCUGCAGACGAGAACUUCACCCUGGACUCGGUGGAGGUGUGGGCUGUGGGGAACCCACCCCAGCCGGCUGAGGCCGAGGAAGAGGAGGGGAAGAAGAGCGUCCUGAACGUGGAUCCAGAAGUUCAGGCCAUGAUGGAGUUAACAGGGAAGACUCUGCACAGCGAGGGAUUCAGUGAGCUGGAGGAGGACUUUGACUAGUUGCUCAGACCCGUCUCCACAUGCAGAUAGAAAGUGUUCUCCACCUCGGUGGAGUUUAAUCCUCACGUUGAUGUUGGUGUUUGAAGGGAAGGAAGCGGCUCAGACCUGCAGCAGCUGGUCCUCCAGCCGCCGCCUGCAGCUCCCACCUCUGGCUGGGCUGCAGGCGGCGGCUGGUCGCUGUGAAAACUCUGGCUGUGAGUUCACACUUCAGGUCCGCUGCUCUGCAGAAACAACAACCGUAGCUGCCCCUCGUUUUUAGAAGACGUUCUCUGUUAUUGAUGAUUAGUUUGUGAAAAUCUGAACAAAGUGAUGUUUUAGUGCUUUAAUUGUGGGAAAGUUUAAUCAGGAAACGUUUACAGACAUUACAAAGCGGAUUCCUCCUGAAAGGCCCAGCUGCUGCUCUUCUUCUGCAGACUGAUCCAUACCUGAGCCCGUUUGGGCCCCAUGGAGGUCUGCAGACCAAACUAAUACUUUCACCUUUCCUCUUACCCCCAUCGGGCUUUUGUGCGUUGGUCCGAUCCGACAGAGCACUUCCAGUUUCAUGACCCUGAUAGGAACACUACAGAACCGAGCCAUGUUCUCCUGAUGUUUCAUUUUAAGCUCUGAGGAUCUGCUACAGCGUUUCAAACCCGGCUGCUGGUUCUGGUUCUGAGGAUGCAAGAGUCAGAACCUGACAGUCCAGAACUGACACAGAGCCAGAGCUGUGAUGUUCAGCAGCAGCUCCUGUGUGUCUCUGAUUAUUAUUAUUAUUAUUAUUAUUAUUAUUAUGGAUCAUAUAAUCAGCUUCUCUGCAAUGUUUUCUUAAUAAAGCUCUUGAGUCGUCCUCCUACAGCACUUGGGUCCAUUCAGGAACCGGUUCUUCAAAGGUCCACACUGAGCUGGGAGUCUAACGAGCUCUGAAGCCGUGUGGACAGUUUGAUUGGCCCUUAAUUAGUCUGAAGCUGAAUCUAGAACCACUCUAGAACCCUGUCUGAUGUAGAACCCUGCCUGAUGUAGAACCCUGCCUGAUGUAGAACCCCGCCUGAUCUAGAACCCUGCCUGAUCUAGAACCCUACCUGAUCUAGAACCCUACCUGAUCUAGAACCCUGCCUGAUGUAGAACCCAGCCUGAUCUAGAACCCAUCCUGAUGUAGAACCCUGCCUGAUGUAGAACCCUGCCUGAUGUUAGGAAAACCCUUUAGUGUUUUAUUUAGUCUAAACGGACAAAUCAGAACAUUGGUCAAAAAAGAGCAACUUGUGAUUUUUACGAUGAAAUGAUUUUUUUUUUUGCUGAUUUAUUUCCUCUGCUGCUUUACAAGCUAAUGACUGUUAACGGCGAGCGUUCGCUGUUGUGGAUGAAACUUGAACACCUUCAGCUGGUUUUCUACCUCAGGUCCUUUUCUCAGUCUGUAAACUCUGUUUAAACUGGAUUUUAUGGUGAUUUUUACCGUGCAUGUAGUGAAUAAUAAACCGUUGUGUGUACUGAG